UGCCGUUUCUCCCUCGUAUUCCACGCACGAUCUCUUCUUCUCUCUCUCUCUCUUUCUCUCUCCUCAUUCGCGUCCCCUUCAAGGGGAAAAGAACCAAAGAAGAAAUAAAAAUUCGAUCUUUACUCUCUCCUCGAAUGAUCUCGAGCCUCUUUUCAUGGAGUUGAUCCUCUUCUCCGGUCUGGGUUCCGGGAAUUAGGGUUUCUUUCGCCUCUUUGAGGAGCAAAAUCGGCUCGGAUUCGCCGGCGUUCGAGCCGAAAGUCUUGAUUUUUAGGGUUGUCUCGGGUUGGGGUUUCUUUGCCUCCUUCGGAUCUGCAGGAGGAGGAGGGAUUCAGGGGCUCGAUCGGCAGGUUCCCCGGGGGCCAUUAGAUGUCUUCGGCGACGUCGUCCUACUGGUGCUAUAGGUGCAGCCGCUUCGUUAGGGUUUGGAGCCCGGAUUCCAUCACUUGCCCCAAUUGCGACGGCGGGUUCGUCGAGGAGAUCGAGAACGCCGCGCCGCUUCCGAUCCCCGGCGAUGCUCGCCGCAGCCGGAGGUUCCCCACCGCCGCGAUGUACAUGAUCGGGUCGAGGUCGAACCAGGAUCGGAGUCCCGACUUCGGCGGCGGCGGCGGCGGCCUGCGCAGGAGCCGCAGGAACGGGGGCGACCGGUCGCCGUUCAAUCCGGUCAUCGUGCUGCGCCGGCCGUCCGACGGCAGCGGCGACGGUGGCGAGAGGAGCAGCUACGAAUUGUACUAUGAUGAUGGUGGUGGGUCUGGGCUGAGGCCCUUGCCUGCGAGCAUAUCUGAGUUUUUGCUCGGAUCCGGGUUUGAUAGGUUGCUCGACCAGCUGUCGCAGAUCGAAAUUAAUGGUAUUGGGAGGUUUGAGCAUCCGCCAGCGUCGAAAGCGGCAAUCGAGUCAAUGCCCACAAUUGAAAUCGGUGAGCACCACGUGUCGACUGAAUUGCACUGUGCUGUUUGUAAGGAAUUGUUUGAAUUUGGGUCUGAGGCUAGAGAAAUGCCCUGCAAGCACUUGUAUCAUACCGAUUGCAUAUUGCCUUGGCUGUCCUUGCGCAAUUCGUGCCCUGUGUGCCGCCAUGAGCUGCCGGCAGAUACCUCAGAAUCCCAGGACACGAAUAGAGGUGAAAAUGGUAGGUCGGAGGAUGAGGACACAGUAGGUUUGACCAUAUGGAGGUUGCCUGGUGGUGGGUUCGCGGUGGGACGGUUCUCUGGUGGAAGAAGAGGUGGCGAGAGGGAAUUACCGGUUGUUUACACAGAAAUGGAUGGUGGGUUUAAUAAUGGAGGAGUGCCCAGGAGAAUUUCUUGGGCUGCAAGAGGGAGUAGAGGUAGAGAGAGCGGUGGGAUCAGGAGGGUCUUGAGGAAUCUGUUUGCUUGUUUUGGUGGACGGUCAGGAUCAUCUGUUGCGUCGAGUUCUGGGUCCAGUUUGGAUUCAGCUGCGAGAACUAGGUCGAUUUCGACCUCUAAUAUGUCUUCUUUGAGGAGGCAGAGAGCUUUAGCUAACGCUGCAAACAGGAGAUAGGGCAUAUUCUUUGAGCUAAAGCGCCAAUGCAGAAGGGACUGAAUAUUAGUGGGGGAAGGAUCAAUGUAAAUAGAAAGGUGAUGUGAUGUUCUCUCAAUACUUGUUCUGCUGGGAUGCCGAGUUGAUCACUAGAUUGAUGAAGAUUUAAAAGCAAUGUGACGUUCUGUCGAUACUUCUUCUUGCGGGACUUUUGAGUUAUCUUCUGCAUGGAAGGAUUUAGUGGGGGAAAUUCGUUCCUGUAUAAAUAGUCAUUAUCUGUUCAAGCAAAAAUUUUAUGAGGAUCACUGUGAAUGAACAGACUAUGCAAGAAGGGAUUGUGUAUUGUGGAGAAGAAGUGAGUCCACAAUCUCAUGUACCCCACCCAUGUCUGGUCCAAGUCACGUCAGUUUAGCAGGAUUUAUGGCAAUCUCUUUUGUGUAUUUCCCUUUUCUCUAUCUGUUUAGAUAGGAUGCAUUUUGUUGUAUUUGUCGGUGUCAUUUUUUUUUUCCCAAGGCAAUAUGAUAAAUCUUAUGCAGCGGAAGAAUGAGUUAGUGAAUGCUUCUUUCUGCUAAAUUAUCUUUUUCUCCUGGAUGAGUGAUGAAUUUCUUCACAGAGCUGUCAACCUCCGCCGAUGUAUUUCCAACCGAUAUCAAACUUAA